UUAUCUAGAGGUCUCAUUGAGAUCGCCGGUUGCCAGGGAACCAGAAAUAACCGUUAGUUAAGACGAGGUAUUAUACACAGUUGUCUGCCAGUCUUUCACGAGUAUAUUUGCAGUGAUAUUUAUUAGUUAAAUACUUAUUAAUAUCAAUUGAAGAAUCGACAAUUGAAGAAUUUAUUCAAUUAUAUUCAGUUUUAUCGAGGCUGAAUGUUUAAAUAAUUUUCAGUUCAUUAAGCGGAACACAUCGUAAGCAGAAUAUCUUUUUACAAUGGGAUACUUAAAAUCGCUAGGCACUGGAUUUGUGUGGAUUUGCACAUUCCUAGCAAUAAUAACUUUCAUGCCUGGAUUGCCACCAAAUAUCGAUUUCAAGCCUCACAAUAUCACGUUGCCAACGAAGAUUUCCAAGCCAAUACCCAAUGAAAAUUUGAGUAAAGCUGAAAAACUUUUCCAAGGGAAAAUAUUUGGGCCUGAAUCUUUCGACGCUUACGAUGGUGUUUUAUAUUUUUCUGCUGCUGGAGGCAGCGUUUACAAAUUUGUCAACAAUGAUUUCGUAGAAGUUGUGAGAUUUGGAAAAACUUGCCAUAACAUGUGGAAAGAAGAUUUAUGUGGUAGGCCGUUAGGUUUGAAGUUUGAUAAGAGCGGAAAUCUCUAUGUCGUUGACACGUAUUACGGUAUCUUCAAAGUCGAUGUAAAAACCGGAAACUAUGAAAAAAUAAUCGACACAUCGCAGCCUAUUGAAGGAAAGAUUCCCAUGAUUCCUAACAGUAUCGAUAUUGCCAGCAAUGGCGAUCUCUAUUGGACCGAUUCGAACACUAAUUUUAAACUUUACGAGGGGUUAUUUUCGAUACUAAGCGAUCCGAGUGGACGAUUGAUACAUUACAAUGCGAAAACAAAGGAAAAUAAGGUUCUAUUAGAAAAUCUUGGAUUUGCCAAUGGUAUCAAAAUCAGUGACGACGAAAAUUUCGUAAUCGUUGCCGAAACUGCAAUGUCCCGAAUAAUAAAGUAUUAUCUAAAAGGACCAAAAGCCGGAAAUGGCGAAAUUAUGGUCGAGGGAUUACCCGGUCUUCCUGAUAACAUUCAUUCAGACAAUCAGGGUAACUUCUUAGUGAGCUUAGUCGUCGUUACAGACGAAGACGAGCCCAAUCUUGCCCAAUCUCUACUUCCUCACCCGUUAAUUCGUAAAAUGAUAAUUCGUUUUGUAACCCUAUUGAAGCUUCCAUUCAAAUUAUUGGACUUGAUAUACCCUAAUAGUUAUUGUAGCCGAGCUUAUUAUUGGAUCGGGUCAUUCAAAAGCGCGCCAUCUGUAUUUUCAGAGAGAACUAUCGUAUUGAGAAUUGAUAACGAUGGAAAAAUUCUUGACGUGUUAAUAUCCAACAGUGAAGAAAUUUCUAGCAUAAGUUCUGCAUUCAUAUUGAAUAAUUAUAUGUGGCUUGGAAGUCCAUUUAAUGAUUAUCUCGCUAGACUUCCUAUCGAUAAAAUACCUGAGUUUAAAAGUAAAAAAAUUGAAUCGAAAGAAAAAAAAACUAAACAGCCGGAAAAAUCUGCUCCUAAACCAGCAAAACAGGAUUCUAAAAAACCAUCUAAAGUUAAAGUUGAAUUAUAAAAAUUAAAAAAAUAAUUAAUUAGGUUAAGUCAGAAAGCGAAAUUUUAGAGAUUGAAUGUUAAUUAUUUUUAGAAAAUAAUUUAGUUAUUUUUUCAAAGUUUUUUUUGUUGUUCCAAAAUGACGCGUCUUAAUAACGAUAUUUGUAAAAUACAAAUAUAUGACAGAAUUGAUGAUAUUUAAUUAUAUAUGAUGCUUUAUAUUGACCUAAUAAUUAUAUAUAAAUAUAUAAAAUUAUGAUUGAAGAGAGGAUAUAUUAUGUAUUGUCAUAUAUUUGUUGACAUAUAUUUAUUUUAUUUAAUUCUUUAAUUUUUGCAACCACAAAUAGGUAAUUAUUAAAACUGUUAAUCAAAUAAUUUACUCAGCGACUAAUAAAAAAAAGAGUUAAAUAAAAUACUCUAUAGUAGUAUAAAGAUAUUAUAAUCCUUUUUAUUACUUUUUCAAUGAAAAAGUUAACCUUAAUUCUUCUCCUUACUGCUAUAUAUUGCAGUUUUUUAAAAAAUAUGGAAAAUGGUUGACCCUGUGAGUCAGCACUAAAACUUGCCGCUGUUUUCUAGCUCCAAAAGCUUUUGCGUCGCUCGCGAGAGUGAUGUGCAUGAACUUCUCUCCGAGAGAGAAUGAACUUCGGGUUGCCCCCACUAUUGAUUAUUUCUACUUUGCGCAUGCGCAAGGAAAAGUGGGAGAAUAUUCAGUCCAUAAAACAUCUAGAGUAGGAGUAAAAACUGAAAACACCCGAGAUACAUUUUUUUGCAGAAUAAUUUUAGUCGUUUCUGUAGACAAUGCAGCAUAACCUGACGUAGCGCCACUACACGUAUAUCGCAAACCCUCAUUUUAGUCAUAUGUAUCGAAAAUAUUAUAUGGAUAAUAAAUGAUCUAAUGAUAAUGGA